CAGUUUAAAAGGACAGAAGCAAAACACAUUUCAGCAUGAGGGACCCACUCACAGACUGCUCGUAUAAUCAAGUGUAUAAGAACCUCAAGGAGUUUUCUCAAAAUGGAGAGAAUUUCUGCAAGCAGGUCACAUCCAUUCUUCAGCAAAGGGCAAACUUGGAGUUUAACUAUGCCAAAGGACUUCAGAAACAGGCGAUUAAGCUGAACAAAGCAUUACAGAACACAAAGAAAAAUGGUGUCGUCAGUGCCUGGGCCUGGGUCUCAGAGGGCAUGAAAUCUGCAGCAGACCUGCACCAAAAACUUGGCAAAGCAAUUGAGUUGGAAGCAGUAAAACCAACUCAUCAAGUCCUGAGUGUACACGAGAAGAAGAGAAAAUCACUUAAUAACGAAGUUGAAAAGACAGCAAAUCUUUUCAUUAGCAACUGGAAUCAACAAAUUAAGGCCAAAAAGAAAUUAAUAGAGAGUACCAAGAAGCAUGAAGCGCUUUUCCACCUUGUAGAAAGCUCCAAGCAAACCAUGACCGACAGGGAGAAGCAGAAGCUCCUCAAUAAAUUGAAAAAAUCGACUGAGAAGUUGACAAAAGAAGAUGAAAAUUACUACCAAAAAAACAUAGCUGGCUGUUCUACCAGACUGAAAUGGGAAAACACACUGGAAAACUGCUACCAGAACAUCGUGGAGCUGGAGAAGGAAAGAAUUAAACUUUUAUGCAAUAACUUAAAUCAGUACACCCAACAUAUUUCUGUUUUUGGCCAAACCCUGACCACAUGCCACACGAACAUUCACGGGGCCAUCAGUAAGAUAGAUGUCGAACAAGAUAUCCAGGCUCUAAUGGAAGAAACUGCCGUUUCAUCUACAGAAAAUAAAUCGGAGUUCCUAUUAACUGAUUACUUUGAAGAAGAUCCUAACAACGCAAUGAAUAAAGAGAGACAAAAGUCUUCAAUUAGAUCGAAACUGUUGAGACUGCAAAGAGAUAUUGAAAAAGCCUCAAAAGACCGGGAAGGACUUCGAACUAUGCUGAAAGCUUACUCCGGCAACUCCUUCUCAGACCCAGAGAGCCAGAAAAGCACAGCAGCCUUAAUGGAAGAGACCAACUUGAAACUAGACCUGUUGCAAGCAAACGCCUAUAAACUGUCAUCAGUGUUAGCAGAACUUGAGCAGAGACCUCAGCCCAGCCACCCUUGUAGCAACUCCAUCUUCAAGAGGAAAGAAAAGCAGCAGACACAUAGUUAUGUAAGAAUAUCUCGACCUUUUCUGAUGAAGAGAUCAGAGAAUGCUGUGAGAAGGGCAUCUACUGGUGGGCAGAGCAAUCCAAGUUCUUCAUCUACAGCCUCCGGUGUGGCCCAGCAUGGCAAUACUCUUUGCAAAGCCUUAUAUUCUUUCCAAGCCAGGCAAGAGGAUGAAUUGAAUUUGGAAAUAGGUGACAUUGUGACUGUACACAAGAAACAAGAAGGAUGGUGGUUUGGAUCUUUAAAUGGAAAAAAAGGCCACUUUCCUGCAGCUUACGUGGAGGAGCUCCCUUCAAACGCUGGGUACAUGGGCAUAAAACAAGAUUCUCAACACACCACCUUACACACACUGUAA